AAAUUCUAUUAUGGCGGUGGUUUGAAACAAGUAUCAACAAGAAGACGAUGGAUUUAUGUUUUAAUGCACUUGCUUAGAUAUGUCACUUUGAAAGUUUAACACCUUGAAAUGUAGAUCUUUGAAACAAACAUGAAGUUGACAACGGAUGUGUUGGCAUCAGCGAGCAUAAAAAGAAAAAAGCCAUGGCCAAGGAUUAUAUGGGUUGGUGAGGAGUAUGAAAGUCUUCUUCUUUUGGAUGAAGAAAAUCAUCGAAUCAGUGUUUUGUACGUUCCAUCUGGAAAAACCAAGAAGAGAGUUGCCAAAUUAUCUCCUUUAAUACUGCAUACUCUGCAAGUUCAAAGCACAAAAAAUGGUCACUAUUUGAUUGGAAUUCAGAGCAAUGCUGAACUGUUUGUUUGGUUCAAAGAUAAAGAUAUAUUAAAGACCAUUCCUGGACUAGAGGGAGUAGUUGCGUUGGAGAGUUUAAGAACAGAAAAACUGAGCCUCCAUGGAUCCAAUGAUUGUCGGAACAUCCUGCUCACUGUCGGCACGGACCAGAUCUAUGUGUGGGUCAUGCAGACAGGGCAGUCUUUUCUUCAUUCCAAUGUUCCCGAGGUCAAAGGUCAUUGGAACCGAAUCAACGUGCCACAGGACAUUCAGAUGCCCCCCGCUGCAGAGUGCAGAGAGCUUUGUGUUGAAGCUGUGUUCUUCUCACACCAGAGCCUAGGACUUUGCUGCCAGUGUUCCUUCAUGUACAAUAAUGACGUUGAUGUAUGCAUCGUCACGCUGUUAUUACGUUUCACGAGGGCAGACGCAAAUCUUGAUGGAUCCCCUUCAUUCCAUGUUGAAUGGAAUAUCAUCAAGUAUCCAUUCCAGCACAUCAACACACGAUUUCAACCUGUGUCUUCUCGGGGCGCCAUAGUAGCUAAAUACAUCCAGAGUGGCCAGAUUGUCGCAGUUGCCAUGAACCAGAACAGACCAGCUUUAACCUGUCUGCUUUUUGUCUCACCCCUAACAGACACAGUGAUGGUCUCUAGUCUAAAAGGUUGUGGGGUCAAGGACAAAAGGUCACUUAGGGGAAGGAUUUACUGGGUGGCUGACAUGGCCUGGACAGCAGAUGACCUGUUCCUGGUGUGCAUCAUGAAGAGUGGGUCUGUGUGUAUUGUUAGUCGACUGGGAGAACCCUUGAUUCUUAACAUUCACGGACAGGGCUUGAAUCUAGGACCUUCCUACUACCUACCGCUGCAUCCGUUACAGAUUAUAAGCACGGGAGAAGAAGGGAAGGUGUUUUCUGUGGACGGUCGACCGGUGUCACCGAGCUCCACCACCUCCGAGGCCGAUAAGAUGGGCCAAAAGUUCUCUGUCACCACACACCCUGGAUUACCCAUAAUCCUCUUCUCCGAUGGAUUCAUGGUGACAGUGAUCCAGAUAAACGCUGAUGUCACCUGUGUGUCCCUGAUGAGGGAGCUGAUUUUGUUGUCUUCCAAACACAUGCAGAGAAUUAUGGAACAGGAGGACUUGGACCACUCCAUUGUGACAGCCUAUCAUCUCCCAGCUCACUCAGGUGGAAAGCAAGGAAGGAUACCUUUGUCCAAGAAGAGACACUUUCAGUUUGAGGAGCCAGACAGCACCUUGAAUGGUACCCUGGAUAGUGAGGAUAUCAGUUUCCUGGAGCAAGAACAUCGGGGCUUUGACGCCCUCAGCCAUGGCAAGAUCCUUUUUGCUGAGUGUGAUGAUGAUGUGAUUGAUUUAGAUAACACUGCUGGAUUGACAAACCUGGAAGCUAUUUGUAGACAUUUUGAGGUGGCGGAAAACUCUCUGUUCACCUGCUGGAAGUUAGCUGUUUCCUACACUGAUCCGUGGAACACAGAGACUGAUACUACAACCAAAUAUGUCACCCACAAUUUUGUGAAACUUUUUUCCAUUGUUCUUGAUUUUCCGAACAUGGAAGAGAUUUUAACACAGAGGCAUCUUAAGCCGUCAGCAGCUCAAAAUCCGAGGCUGUUCUUCAUUGUCAACACAUUCAAGAAAAUCAUGGAACUUCUACGUUUUGAUAUUAUCAAUCAACAUCUCAUGCCCCGAGCUUUGAAGUUAGUCCAUGAUACAUUAGAACUUGUGCUAAAUAACAGAGAAUUGUAUGCCUCAGAUCCAAGGAUCAAAACUCUUUCAGGUUGCUAUGCCUUACUCAAAUUUGCCGAAUCCAUUUUGAAUCGAGUUUACGUAUGGGUGCCUAAGUCCUCAGCGGCUUACACAGGCUUACCUUUAGAGGUCAGGGGUCAACAGAGACAUGCUUAUGAGCCAGCUAUAUUGAUGAAGGCUCAUCUGUCACCAAGAUCUGUUGCUAGGGAGAUAAUAUACACGGACCCUAGAACUCUGGGUCUGGAUCAACAGUCCCAGCUUCCUGGAAAGAGGUUGUGUGGGGCCUGGAAGCUGCUGUACCAGGGUUUGAUUCAGUUCCAGGCGGCUCUCCAGCACCGCGGUGGAGUCCAGAGAGAGGCAGAACAGCUGCGGAGUCUGAUGUUUGCAGUAGAGCAAAUUAUUCAUCAGAUUGAUGGCAGCACUCCCAGGAAAGCUGCAACCAAAGUACCACAAGGGUGGAAAGAGGAGCAGUUUUAUCAAAGGUGUUUUCAGGGAGAAUAUCAGAUUCUGUGUUGGGAGAAGCUCAGUCUAGAUGGAAUGCACACCAAAGCUGUAGAUGCUUGGAAGAAAGAGAUAGAGCACCUAACAGACAAGGCAGAGGAUGUGGAGAGAAUAAGCCAUAACCUGCAUUCUGUAUUGUACACCUACAUUAUAAAGGAAGGUCUUGGGAAAUGUGUGGACUUUGUGGACUCUCUAAUUGUCCAGGGAAAUGUGUCCUCCUCCAUAUUGGACCACCAGCUGCCAACAAGUGGAGCGGGGGUGGAGAAACCUCCACUAAUGACCAUUGUUUACAAUUCCAUGAGGAUGGAGCCUUAUGGAGGGGAACAUCAGGUGCCCUGUAUCAAGAACAAGGGGGUGAGGCAGCUAGUACAGAGCAUGGCCCGCUUCAUGGCUGCCUACUUCACCAACGAGACUAUGUAUGUCUUUCCUCCCCAUUGUCCUCAGCCCCUGCCCUCCAUCCACUUGGGAAACACUAAUAAAGACAGUAGAAUCAUUCCCCGAUACCAUGAUGACAUUAACAGACAUGUCGCCAAGGAAGGGCUGAGUCGGGUGUGGACCACUGAGCGUACCCUGGAGUACCUGUUACUGAGUGGGUUGGUGUGUGAGGCAGCGUGGUUCGCUGACCAGAUGGGGGACUGGAAAGUCGGAUUCCUGUUAUCUGUGGCCUGUACCCAGCACAGGGGUAUAGCCCCGAGGGUGUAUAAAAAGAAAAAGAAGCCCUUAGAGAUUCCUCAGUCCCUGGAACCUGCUUCUCUUCUGCAGAGAAAGUUAGAAUCCCUUGUCCAUCUGCACAAAAGGGGUGGCCAGAAAGGUGCUGCGCACGAGGAGGCUAAUGAGGGAUUUAUACCAAUAAGUAAUGAAACAAACAUUGUUCAACUGUCAAGAACAAUGGAGGACAUAUUGACAGCGGGCAUUGUGAGCUCUGUGGAGGUGGUUCCUUGGCUUCUAACCACUUUGGUGCACCGCCUAAUGGACACAGUGGCUCAGAUGUCACCACUUGUUCCUCAGGACCUUUAUCUCCCAGCUCCACCUCUUUAUUGUCCCCAGCCCUCGGAUACCAGUGAGUCCAAGAAGUCUAUAGAGGUGGUGCGGGAGGGCAGGCUGAGGUUCCAGGCCUCCUCUCUGAUCCAGCUGAUCCUUGUGGUCCUCAACAGUUCUCACCUCUCUCUACCGGUCACUCGCUGGUAUGUACAGGAGCUCAGUGCCAUCCAGGAGAGAGCCGCACAGUUCAAGUCCACAACUGAAGGGCCAUGCUUGGAAUUGCCUGAAGUCUUGCAACAGUACAGAGAAGUUGAGUCCUCACUACGACCUUUCCAAGAUGUUGAGGCAGUGCAGCAAGUUUGUUUGAGUUUCAGGGACUUCUGCUCACUUCUUUGGCUUCUUCAUGCUCGAGAUAAACUAUCCUAUAACUUACGAAGCCGUGAAAAAUACCUGAAUGAUGUGAAUUACCAGGAUUAUUUACGUGAAAGCUGGGAAUCCAAAGAAGGAGAAAAAUGGAACAGAGAGUGCUUCACCACUCUUCAAUGGGCUGUACAAAUGCUGACCUUCAGUCGGUUUCUGCCAGAUGAGGGAUGCAUUUUCAAAGUCAUUCUCUCACUCUUGUUAGAGUUUCCUCCAUCAGAGGACACAGCUGACAUUUUGGCUGAACACUUUUAUGACCCAGAGGUCCUAGAUGCAGAAGUGCAAGAGAAACUGGAAAAGUUCCUGAAUAAUUGGCAGGCUGUUUUCAUAGAACCAGAGGAUGAUGGGAAGUCAGCAAAACCGGAGCAGGAGGAGGAAGAUGAAAAUGAUGGAAGGAAAUCGGUCACAUUUUUCCAAGCCUCCCCUCGUGGCCAGUCAUUGUCCAUGUAUUUUUCCAAGCAGUGUGAAGCAGUCCUCAAAGUAUUAAAGAAGAAAAGGAAGAUAUUUGGAGCCUAUGAUGAAUUUGUUUUUGACAGCAGUGGUAGGAUGCCUCCAGAAAGUCUGACUUCUAGUUUGGCACCAGAAUCACUAGCGUUUUGUAUUGGUUCCAGACCAUUUGAAACCAAACUUUCAUAUCUGGAGUUUCUGGACACAUUUUGUGCCAUUUCUUUCACUAAGGUGGAAGAUUCAGUGAAGAAAAGCACCUCAAAGCCCUUACCUCUCCUAAUGCCAUUUGCAGAGCACAUCUGCUUGAAGGAGUUUGAUGACUUGGAUAAAGUUAGUAAACCAAGUGAUGCAAAAACAAACUUAGUGGUGAUGUCAUCUCCUGGCAGGAUGAGCCAGAAUUCAGGGUCUACAGAACAAAUCGGCAACUCUCCCUCACAAGCCAAGGGCAACAUGACCAACCUUGCAUCCAAGUUCUACCAGUCGGAGGAAGCACUGUACAAAGGACAACAGGUUGGAGCAGAGAACUUGUGGUCAGUGGAGGCAGAUUUUGGCUCAAGGUAUGCACGCCUGCAGAAGUGUCUGGACUGGUUAGCAGUGUGGUGUAAGAAGCAACAUUCUUUGGGCCUCCACUGGAAGGGGGAACAAGAUUUGGAAUUCCGACCAACCAUAAAAAUUGAUGUGUCGCCGCGGCUGGUGGUAUUGGCACUUUGGCUGCUAGAAAACAAGUAUAGUACAAAGUCUUCAAGUAGGAAUGUGACUCUGAGAGAGAAAAAGGAUAUAGUUGAACGACAUUCUUUAGACAAUUUAGUUACACAAGUAAACUCAGAAGUUACAGAGGCCUUGCAAAAAAAGACCAGGAGACCAAGGAGGAGAGCAGACCGUCCACCAAGCACCAGUUUAGAGCAAGAACCAGAACAAGAGGCCAGUCAGAUGCACUCUGCUUAUGAAGAGUUAUUGAAUGGCAAAGAGGAUAGUAGUUCUUUAGAAGUCAGCUCUCUAGACCAAGAGGCAUUCACUAGAGAGUUCCAAUCUUCAAACACUUUCAAACUUGGAAGCAGGCCUAAUUCCAGGGAAAGGAGUGCAGAUUAUUAUGAUUUUGGAAGACAAAUUGAUGUUGAUAAAUGGUCAUCCAGUAGAAGAGCUCACAGCAGAGGCCAUUCUCCAAAUAGCAGCAGACAGUCCACAUUAAAUGGAAGCAGACGGUCAAGAGAUAGGGAGAGGUCUGAGAGAAUGUCCCCACAGGGCAGGGGUCAGUCUCCUAGUUACAGAGGUCAGUCACCAAGUUACAGAAGUCAAUCUGGUCAUGUUAACCAGCAGCGACAGGGCUCAGAAGUACCAGGGGAUAUAGCUAAUCAAAUCCAAGGUAUCAUCAGAGGAGAACUCAGGAAAAUGAUGGAGGCACAGCACAGAAGCAUGAUGGCAAUGAUGGGAGCAUUAGAAGAACCAGUGGAGGAAGCCAUGACUCCUCACAGACAAGCUAUGCAUCACAGUCCUCCAAGGGUUAAUGACACGAGGAAUACCAUGGUCCUCGAAGAGCUGGAAACAAGUGAGGACAGGAGGAGGUCACGGAGGUCACCCAGGAGGAGGUUUGAUUCUCCUGAGGAGCGAGGACUACGUUCAGAAAGGCAGAUGUCUGAAAGGAGAGGCAGGUCAGGAGAAAGGUUCCAUCAAUAUCAAGAUGACCCUAAUGUUAUUCCUCGAUAUCUGAAAGUAGAAGCAGAGAGGGAUAUUGAUGAUGAACCAUUCAGGUUGCCUCCUAUUCCUAUGCCUGCAUGGGCUGAAGUACCUCAGGGGCCAUUGCGAGAAGAUAAUCAACAAGUUCCACUGCUCCAGCUGGAGAGAGGUCGAGCCCCACCAAUGGAUUACCAUGGACCACAUCAAGUUCCUGAGAGAAAUUUUCCACGUGUUUCUCCUGGUCCGCCCUCACAGCCCCCGCCUUCUUACCAAGAGAGCUUUUUUAUUCCACCUGUAACACAUACUCCUGAGGAACAGAGACAAACACAGAGGGUUGUGCCACAGUCUAUAGAAAUGCCUUUGCUUAAAUUGGUUCCUGAAGACAAGCCUUACCUUGGGCCUCAGAACAUGUCCAGCUUUGGGCGUCUACUGGAUCCUGCACUGCUAGUGGCACAUGAACAGGAAUUACAGGAGAAAGAAAUGUCCAAGUACAAACACGCAAGAGAGUUUUUCAAUCAGCAGGUGGAAAAUUUUGAAGAAAAAGAGCAGAAACAGCUUGGGAGCCAUCUCUUACAAGCUAACUUACAUGGCCAGACACAGAGAGAAGAGAAUGAAAUGGAACGGUCUUUGAGGAGAAGAAGAAAACAAAAACCAGCUGAAAAAGAAGAAACUGAAAAGGUUUCUUCAGAAUCAGGAGGGUCUCCCAAAGAGGAAAGUGAAAAGGCUUCUGAAAAAGAUGCUACAGACAACAUAGAGAAAUCCACAACAGAAGAGGAGGAUGAGGAGGCAGGAAUCCAUGAUGGUUAUGCUAUCCAGCCAGGCUCUUUUGAAAAUUACCUGGAAAUGAAUGAGAAAGAUUUUGAAGCUGAUACUAAUGCACGGGUGCAGUACAGAACGGCCAUGUUGAUGAGAGAACAACUCGCUAAAGAAAAGAGAGAGAAGAGGAAAAAGGUUGAUUUUGCUACCAUGACAAAGAACUAUGAGGAUGCUCAAAUAGGAACCGGAGCCUCUUUAGAAAUGGAGAGUGUGAGAACAGCUGAAGCAGCCACAUCAAUUACCAAAGACACUGGUGUGGAUCCUAUACAGGAGGCCAUUAUGGAGUACAACAGAAGUCGUCAGGGGCGGGCUCUCCCCCCAGACAUAUACCUGGGCCUUCGGUUCGCUGAUGCUAAUGGACAACCUCCAACUCCAAACCUCCAUCAAGGGGAAAGACCAAAAGGUAGAUCAUACAUCAAUGUGGUGGAUCUUGAUGCCUCAGCUGUGCUUCAUGACCUUGGAAAACUUCCUGAGAAAGAAGAACCUGCAGGGGAUGACCUUGGUCUGGCUCCUCAGUCUGUAACCAUGACAACGGCUCAGGGUCGUAACCUUGAAGAGCUGGAGGAAUCCAUGAGAGGUGCAUUGCGACCAGCUCAGCCAACCGUUGAGCGGCCAUUUAAACAGGAUUCCGUCACUGUUCGCAUGUUUGAAUCUCAUCUCCCACAUCACAAUAGAGUGUCUGUAGCGGUGAUGCCUAGGGACAGUGUGGAGGGUUCCAGGGGGGCAGUAAUAGAAAGACUCAGGGACAUGGGACGCCAGAUGUCCACCAUUGACCAGAUGGCAGCUAACAUAGAGCGUGACUUCCACAGCACAAGACUGAUGUUAAACACCUUGGAUACACUUGGAAGUGUGGAUGAAACCAGACCUCAACAGGAGAAGGAAUCUGUGCCAACUCCCAAAUCCUCCCGAAGAUCACCUGUAAGGACCCCCAAAUCCUCACGUAAAUCCCCAACUCCUAGGACAGGAAGGACCUCUGACAGGACGCAGCCAAUGACGUCCAGCGUAGAGGAAGAAAAAACAAUGACUGGUGAAAUAGUCAGGAUGUCAGGACUUAGUGGAAUAAGUGACAUAAUCGGAGAAAUGGUGGAGAAAGGUGACAUAGAUCUGGAGGAGGCAGGCUUCACUGAAAGGGAAGCUGUCAAACUUGCUGAAAAAAUUAAAAUGAGUGCCAGAACUGACCACACAGAGGAAGAAAGAGAAAGAAUUCGUCACAGUUUAGAAAUAUUAGAGAAGAUGUCCAAGGCCCCUGACAGCAAAGAGGAGGAAGAACGAAGACGGGAAGAGAAAGAACAGCUGAGGGCUUGGAUGGUGGAGAAACGACACCAGAGAUUGGAGGAGUACAAGAGGUAUCGCUCAGAACUCCGGGAGCAUGAGAAGAAGCCGUUCAAGCCAGACACCAGCUCAAAGUUCAAGGGAACUUUCAAGGUGCCUGAUAAAGAAAGGACAGGAAGGGAGGACAUGCAGAGGAGGAUGAAAGAGGCACAACAAUUACUGGGAGACAUCUUGACAGACAAGCCAGAACUUCCACCAGAACUACCUGCCAGGGAGAGAAGUCCCAGACGGAAGUCCUCCAAAUCACCACCGAGGGAAAGAACCCUGUUCAAGUCUACUCCAGUAAGGGACCCUAGCCCCCGAGUCAGCAGUAGGAGACCAGUGUACAGACAACCCAGUCCUAAGAGGCAUCAGACGGUGAGAAUCUCUACAGAAGUACAGGAGAGGGAGUUCGAUGACAUGUUAGAGGAUGAUGAGGAGAUCAUACAGAACCAGUUCCUGAAAACACCAGUGAGGAGGGUCGUCAAUCCAAAGACACCAAUGAGGAGGGCAGUCAGUCCUAAGACCCCAGGCAGACAGGUGCCUCGACUCAAACUUAUGGACUCUGACGAUUUCCUCCAGAAUACUGGCGAGACAACAGGUGAAAUCUCUGAGUAUGCCAGAGCUGUGGAGAGCAUGGAGAACAGCCAGGACAUCACAGUGCGGGACAGAGAACCAGCAAAACAAGAACCAGUCAAAGAGUACAAGCAGAAGUCAUUGAAGGACCUUGUGAGACUACAGAGACCAGAGGUUACCAGAAAGGCUCCACGCAUUCAAGUGUCCAAAGAACGAGCAUAUGAAGAAGAACCUGAUCAUUAUCAGAGAUCUGAGAGAGAGACCAAAGAAAGAGAGGCUGUAAGCAGGGAACCCACUGAGAGAGGAACUAGUCGAGACCAUCUUACAGUUCAAGAGCCCAAAAGAAAAGUGUCACCGAGAAGGGUGAAAACAUAUGCAGAGAGACUGAAGGACAUGCGAGAAAACCAACCCAAAUUUGGCACACCCAUUGUUCCCAGAGUUCAUGCACCUUCAACUAAGACAACAACCAUACAGAGGAAGCCUUCUGGUCCGGCCCAUAAACCAAAGACCUAUGUAGAACAACUACAGCAACUAAACCCUGGGAGCAGGAGAGGUCUGAGGUCUGCUGGGUCUAAAACAGUCCAGGGUCACACAUUCCUGAAAUCCCAUAAACCUCUUCACCAACCCAAAACCUACGUUCAGCAACUUAAAAAAAUACAAGCACCAUUCAAAGCUCCUCCACACCCUAAGCGAGUGUCAGCUGCCCGGGGCCAGAUGCGGCCUCGACCCUAUGCAGACCCAUACAGGGAGUCUCCUGACAGGGACUCGGUGCUCAGUGAUUGGUCCAUGGAUGAUGAUGUCAAGCGGCUUCUCUACGAUGAAGACGAAAACUCCACUAUGUAUGGAAGAACCUCCUACACAGGACUAUCAAUGGACUAUACUGCCUCGGAGGGAAUUUCAGAUUACUAUAAUGAUGUUAUGGAUGAUGACUAUCUAGGUUCUGUGGAUAUUGAUGAAAUUGCUCAAAUAGCGGAUGCUGCGUCAGUUAGAAGUGGGAGUGUCAUGAGUGUGAUUGACUGGGACGCUGUCGAUGACCUCAUAGCUGAUGUCAAAUAAAAUUUAGGUCAUAUAUUGAAACAGGAUUAAAAUUGCACCUGCUUCAUGAUAACAUUAAACAAUUUUAGGUAUAGAAAUUGAUUGAACUAGUUUUAGAAAUAUCAAUUGUUCAGAUGAGUAUACUGGAAAUUGUAAUAAGAAGUUGUAGAUGUACAUCAAAAUCUCAAAAUGUGAAUUUGAUUUCUUAUACGUAUUCAAGAGUUAUUUCUCUUUGUUUAAAUUUCGAGGUAAAGUCAAGUUUAUUUUUACUCCGUCCAGGAUAGUUACUGUUGUAUAUCUGUGAUAUUUCUUUACAAUCUGUUUAGUUAUUGUCACAUUUAGACAUGUAUUUAAUAAUAAAAUAACAAAUUACCAUGAUA